UGCCACCCUCCUCGUCUCCUCACCUCGACCAAAUGCUUCGCCUCUCCUUCUAGAACCAUCCACAGAUUCCAAACCCUAGGCGGGGGCACCCAUGGCGUCCCGCCGCCUCCUCUCCUCUCUCCUCCGGUCCUCCUCCUCGGCCCUCCGCCGCGCGGGCGCGCCAUCUCCGGCCGCCCCGCGCCGCGCGUCCCCGGCCGGCCUCCUCCUCGCGCGAUUCGCCGCCUCCUCCGCCGCGCAGCCGGCCCCGCCGUCCGCGGCGCCUUCCUCGUCCCCGGCGUCGGCCGCGGGGAAGGGAAAGGGCGGGAAGAUCACGGAUGAGUUCACGGGGGCCGGCGCGGUGGGGCAGGUGUGCCAGGUGAUCGGCGCCGUCGUCGACGUGCGCUUCGACGAGGGGCUCCCGCCGAUCCUCACGGCGCUCGAGGUGCUCGACAACAACAUACGCCUCGUCCUCGAGGUCGCGCAGCACCUUGGCGAGAACAUGGUCCGGACCAUCGCCAUGGACGGCACGGAGGGCCUCGUCCGCGGCCAGCGCGUCCUCAACACUGGAUCGCCAAUCACUGUACCUGUUGGUAGGGCUACACUUGGGCGUAUCAUGAAUGUCAUUGGGGAGCCCAUUGAUGAGAAGGGUGACAUAAAAACAAACCAUUUCCUCCCAAUCCAUCGUGAAGCACCAGCUUUUGUUGAGCAGGCUACCGAACAGCAGAUUCUUGUCACUGGAAUUAAGGUUGUUGAUCUCUUAGCACCGUACCAAAGAGGUGGAAAGAUUGGGUUGUUUGGUGGUGCUGGUGUCGGCAAAACUGUGCUCAUCAUGGAGCUGAUCAACAAUGUAGCCAAAGCCCAUGGUGGGUUUUCUGUGUUUGCUGGUGUUGGUGAAAGAACUCGUGAAGGCAACGAUUUGUACAGGGAAAUGAUUGAGAGUGGUGUCAUUAAGCUCGGGGAUAAGCAGAGUGAGAGCAAGUGUGCUCUGGUGUACGGUCAAAUGAAUGAGCCUCCUGGUGCUCGCGCCCGUGUUGGCCUCACUGGUUUGACAGUUGCCGAGCAUUUCCGAGAUGCUGAAGGGCAGGAUGUGCUCCUGUUCAUUGAUAACAUCUUCCGUUUCACUCAGGCAAAUUCUGAGGUGUCUGCAUUGCUUGGUCGUAUCCCAUCUGCUGUGGGUUAUCAACCUACUCUCGCUACUGAUCUUGGAGGUCUUCAAGAACGUAUCACUACCACCAAGAAGGGGUCUAUUACGUCUGUACAGGCUAUUUAUGUGCCUGCUGAUGAUCUGACUGACCCUGCUCCUGCAACUACAUUUGCCCAUCUUGAUGCCACGACUGUGUUGUCCCGCCAGAUUUCUGAGCUUGGAAUCUACCCUGCUGUCGAUCCCCUUGACUCAACAUCUAGAAUGCUUUCACCCCAUGUGUUGGGAGAAGAUCACUACAACACUGCCCGUGGAGUUCAGAAGGUUCUGCAGAACUACAAGAACUUGCAGGAUAUUAUUGCUAUUUUGGGUAUGGAUGAGCUCAGUGAAGAUGACAAGCUUACUGUCGCUCGUGCCCGCAAGAUUCAGCGGUUUCUGAGCCAGCCUUUCCAUGUGGCUGAAGUAUUCACGGGUGCACCUGGCAAGUAUGUGGAGCUGAAGGAAAGUGUCAAAAGCUUCCAGGGAGUUUUGGAUGGCAAGUACGAUGACCUACCGGAGCAAUCUUUCUACAUGGUUGGAGGAAUCGAGGAAGUUAUCGCCAAGGCUGAGAAGAUCGCCAAGGAGUCGGCAUCAUAAGAGCAAUGACAUUCUUGUAGGAAGAAAAACAAGCUGUGCGAAUAAUUGAAGGUGAUGAAGACAAUAUCAUCUUCCUGAGCUCGCAUUUUUGCAGUGCUUUAUAGUAGAUUACGACGAAAUAUUUACUGUAGCUCCUGGAGUUUUGAGGGAAAACAGAUUGUACUGAAUAAUUGCCUGCGAACAAUUCAAUAAUUUUUUCUCAGAUGUUUACGCUGGUUCCUUGCUU